GCAGGGCGCAGGCAGGCGCAGCAGCGCGCGGCGGCGCGACAGCCAGGCACCCCGGCCGCGGCAGGCAGUGCAGGCAGGCGGCGGGCAGCCAGGCACCCCAACGGGGCGGCCAGGCAGGGCAAAAGGCAGCCAGGCAGGCAGAGGCGCGCAGCCCUGUGGCAGCCGAGCUCGGCACCGGAGGCGGCAGGCGGCAGCCAGCACCGCAGGCACCGCAGUGAGCCGGCACCGAGGCGGCGUCGGGGCGGGAGGCAGCCAGUGCACGAAGCGGCAGGCGCCCGCGGCAGUGAACGGCGGUGCAGCAGGCACCCGAAAAACAGGCACGGCGGCACCCAGCGGCACCCGCAGCGCGCAGCGGCAGGCGCAGGCGGCCGGCGGCAGCAGCGACCGCCGCGCGCGGAGGCAGGCAGGCGGAGCAGGCGCCGCAGGCAGUGCAGCCGGCAGCCAGGCGCGCGCGCGGCACCAGGCGGGGCGCGGCAGGCAGGACAGCACCGCAGGAGCAGUAAUGGGAGCAGCUGGCACCAGGCAGGCAGAAGCCAGGCACGCAGCACUUGGGCCGGCAGCGGCCGGCAGGCAGGCAGGAACCGAAAACGCGGGCAGCACGAAACAGGCAGGACAGACAGCGAAACAGCCAGAGCAGGACCCAGGAACACGCAGCCAGCAGGAACCCAAAUGCUAGACCAGGCAGGCAACAGGCCGGGACAAGGCUGCAGCCAGGCAAUGCACGCAGGCAGACCUGCAGGAAGGCAGCCAGGCAAGUGGAAACCAGGCAGGCCCAGAAACAGGCGGGCAGGCGCCAGGCAGGCAGGCCAGGCCAGCGCCGGCAGGGCAGGAAGCCAACCGGGCAGGCGGCCAGGAAAGCAAGGCAGGCGAGCGUCUAGAAAGCAGGUAGAGCAGCAGAGAAACACCUGCGACGCAGCAGGCAGGCGAAUGGCCGGCAGGACAGAGGAGGCGGUAAUGCAGGCAGCGGGCGACCGAGGCACGCGGCAAGGCAAGGCAGGCAGGCGGGCAGGCGAGCAGGCAGGCCGGAAAGCCAGGCGGUGCAGCGGAGACCAGGCAGCAGGCAGUGCAGCCCGGCAGGCAGACCGGAGGCAGGCAGGCAGCCAGAGACCGGCAGGCAGGCAGGCUCGCAGGGUCAGCAGGCACCGCAGGCAGGCAGCCAGGCAGGCAUUGGGCAGGAACAGCAGGCAGCCAGGCACGACAGGCGAGGCAGCAGCUAGGCAGGAAACCAAGAGCAGCCAGGAGCCAGAGGCAGAAAUGAACCAGGCGGCAGGCAGGAGAGGCAGGAAAGUGACUGAGGCAGCCAGGCGGCAGAGCAGGCAUGCAGCAGGUCAGGCGGCAAGUCAGCAGGAAACACCAGGCAGCCGCAGGCACGGCAGGCAGCAUGGCACCCGUCCAGGCAGGCAGAGCGGCAAGUGGCCAGGCACCCCCGGGCAGCCCGAAGGCGCGCACGCGAACGGCCAAGGCAGAGCAGGCAGGCAGCAACACAGGAACACAGGCAGGAAACAGGCAGGCUCCCGAGAUAGGUGGCAGGCAGGCACCAGGGGCAGCAUGGAACCAGCAGAGCGGAGAUGCCGACCAGGUAUAAGUAACAGGCCAAGACAAACAGGCAGGCAGGCAUCAGUGGAGGGGCCCAUGCAGGCAGGCAUUGGCCAGCGCAGAGGCUCAAGGGUCCAGGCAGGCGAGGCCCAGAACCAGGCAAAGAACAGGCGCGGCAAGGCAGACAGGCAGCUCGUCCUGAAGGCAGAGGCGGCAAGCCAGCUGAACCGUCCGAAGGCCGGCAGGAGGCAGGUGGCAGUGCACCAUGUGGGGGCAGAACCCGAGGCAGGCACUCAUGGACAGGCAGAGGCAGGGCAGGCAGGCAGCAGCAACAGGAACCAGGCGCAGGCAGGUGCAGGCAGCAGCAGGCAGGCAGGUGGCAGGCAGGCAGUGUGCAGGCAGACGGGCAGUGCGCCAUGA